AUGGUCCUAUCCAUGCCGCUGCAACAUUGCACAGAAUUACGAGCUGUCGGCGCAGGAUCAGACGCCGAGCUAUCAGACGGCACGAACGUGCUCGAGCAUGUUCUUGCUCGAGCCAGAACUACGAAUGUUCAAGGUGUGGUAAACUGUUUCUACAGUAGCUGAGUGUCCACCCGGCCCAUGAGAAGGCGUUCUGAUGGAAAAUGUCGUGAGCCGUCGGAGCAGAAAUAGACCGCGGGCUAUUAGACGGCACGAACGUGCUCGAGCAUGUUCUUGCCCGAGCCAAAAUUACGCAUGUUUACUCAUGUCACCCCUUGUCAAAGCUGUCACAAAGGUCACCAACAUCAAGAAGAACCUCAAGAACAGUCAUCAGUCGCGCCAGAGGCGUGGGCUGACAGACAUGGAGGCGGCUGGGGUCGAAACAGCACAUAAAUUGGUGGCUAUGGCGCACAAGAAUAAGGCUCAAGAAGAUGCAGAAUUCGCCGAUUGA